AUGCCAACGGCUUAUGGUGCUUUGGAGAAUGACUUACUCUCAGUCGUGACGAAGUCCUGGCAGCUUCAAGGAUGCGUAGUGUUACUCGGUCAUCAGUGUGUUAUCCAUCUGGGCCAGUUGGCCGACACGUUUUGCAACCGUGGUGACACGAUGCGCGUUUUUAUAGCUCUCUUUUGCCUGACUGGCGUAAAAUUCGUGUCCACGGCUGACGUUGUGAUUCAAAUACCCUGGGAUGUCGGGAUCCAAGAUGGAUUUUACCGUCUAUCUUACUCUCCUCCGCAAGGGAAACCCGCAUCAAAUACGACGUUUAGACCGCAAGACAUCGCGAAAGGAAUUGAACUGACAGAUGCUUUACCGGGUACGGAGUACAACUUCUCGCUGCAUUAUUCGAAUGCGACAAUAGUAGACUGGCUAGCUUGGACUGCGUCGAUCACUACUGUGCCAGAUCCGCCAUCAAACGUUUCCAUUGGUGUAAGAUCAGGGAGAAUAUCCUUGGUCUCGUGGAAUCCUCCUGCCCUGGGUGGAUAUUCUGCCUUCAAAUUAAAGGUUGUGCCGCUUUCGGAAAUUCAAAACAGCAUCAAGAAUAUUGUGAUAGACUCAGAUUCCUCUCCAUUCACGCUUCGAAAUUUGACACCUGGUGCUUCCUACGAAAUUCAACUUUUUACGGUUUUCGAAAACAAAGAAAGUGCUGCUUACAUUUCGAGAAAUUUCACAACGCUUCCAAAUACCCCCGGCCGAUUCAUAGUAUGGUUUCGAAACGAGACGACCUUGCUUGUCCUGUGGCAACCUCCGUAUCCACCGGGGGUCUACUCUCAUUACAAGGUGUCCAUAGACCCCCCUGACGCCAUACAAAGUGUUAUGUUUAUUGAAAAAGAAGGUGAACCUCCGGGUCCUGCUCAAGCUGCGUUUUACGGAUUAAUCCCUGGACGCGCGUACAAUAUCAGUGUUCAGACCGUGAGUGAAGAGCAGGUCUCUCUUCCAACGACUGCUCAAUAUCGCACUGUUCCGUUGGCUCCAAGAAAUGUGACCUUCGACCCUCGCUCUCUGUCGAAAGACUCAUUCAAAGUCUUUUGGCUCCCACCAAAGGGGUUCAGCGAAUUCGAUCGAUAUCAAGUGACGAUCGGACUGCGUCGUCAGAGCCCGAAGAUAGUGGACACGGAUGCCCUGAACGAAGCUGUCUUCAAUUCCGGCCUCGAGCCGGGCCAUUCCUACACAGUGGUUGUGAAAACCGUGUCAGGAAACGUAGCAUCCUGGCCCGCGUCGGGCAACGUGACAACCCGUCCGUUGCCGGUGGAAAACCUGCGUGCGAAGCCGACCCAGGAAUCCGGCCCGGCCGAGAUAACGUGGGACGUGAACGAAAACUCGAUCCAAGACUCCUUCCGCAUCACUUAUCAAACGCUUCCCGCGGACGGGUUGCCGAAACGGGAAGACACGGAGAACAGCGACGCGAAAGGGACGUCGGAGGGAUUCAAUUCGGGUGCGGAUUCCAGCAGUAGGAUCGUUUCCGAGCCGUUUUUCACCCUGGAAGAGAUGUUGCCCGGGAGGAAUUACAGCGUGUCUGUGCGUGCCGUCUCCAAUGGGAUUGAAAGCGAGGAGCGCGUCAUUUACCAGGCCACUCGUCCGGCGUCUCCGAUUAUCGAGAACUUGCAGCCGACUGUCAGAGGAAUGAACGUUUCUUGGAAAUCGGACGUGACUUCGCAACAAGAUGGUUACCUGGUGAUCUGCAAACGGAACGACACGAGUGACGUCAUCGAGAAGGAGACGAAGGACCCGAGGAUUGACCUUGUUGACCUUUAUCCAGGAGCUGGUUACUUUGUGCAGGUGUUCGCGUUGUCACAUGGGCUUCGAUCUGAACCACAUUCGUACUUCCAGGCCAUCUAUCCGAAUCCGCCGAAUGCUCUUGUUGUCACCGGCAUAUCCAAUUCAUCCCUGAGCUUGAAGUGGCAACCUCCGAGUGAUUCUUUGUUCGACGGCUUCGUUGUCAAGUAUCGAGUGAUGAGGGAUGUGAGUGGGGAAAAUUCCGACCAUCGCACCGACUGGGAACAGCAGGUGAUCCCGGUUGGGACGAACGAAUACGAAUUAUCUGGUCUUUUGUCCGGAGAGAAAUAUCAAGUGCACUUCUUCUCCUCGUCCUACAAAGUGGAGAAUCAAAUUCCAUUGGAAGUCGUGGAAAUUUUGGAACCAAACCUAGUUCUUGGGAUCGAGCCGAAGUUGGACUCGCACAACGUGACAUUUGUAUGGCCCGUGCCGCUGGGCCGGGUGGAAUUCUAUGUUGUUACCUGGGAGCCCGUGGAUUUGGAGUCUGGAGGUGGGUCCGAGGACAGCGAUGAACCGAAGAAAGGGGCCCGGAGGUCGUUUCCGGCCCAUGAAGUCACGGAUAUGAACAGUGGGAAAGUCUCCGUUACGAUUGGGGGUUUGUUCCCGGGGCUGCCCUACAGGUAAUUUAAUUCCUCG